AACUUCAGUUCCCAAUCAAAUUCUUGAAUAGCAUUGAAUUGUUGUUGUAGUUCCAAAUUAAACUGGCUGGCAUGGAUAACUUCCAAUCCCUAACCCGGAAACCCUUAUUCAAGUGCCACAAGAAGAGGCUAACCCAGGAUCAAGUGAGGCUAUUAGAGGGCAGCUUCAACGUGAAUAACAAGCUGGAUGCGGAUAGCAAGUCCCAGCUGGCUCGCCAGCUGGGACUGCCCCCGCGCCAGAUUGCAAUUUGGUAUCAGAACAAGCGAGCCCGGAGCAAGAGCCAGAGCCUGGAGGUGGACCACAAGGCCCUGCAUGAGAGACUUGACGAGGUUUUGUCGGAUAACGAGCGGCUGAGGAGAGAGGUUGAGAGGCUGAGAGAAGAGGUGCAGAAAGCGCAGGAGAUGCUGCAGCUGGCCACCGCCGCCGCCACGCCCUAUUCCUCCCUAUCCCUCUCCUGCAGUUCGUGUGAUGAAGCUGCAGGGAGCUUGGGCUUGCUUCAUGGCUCGUCCAAAGAGCUUUAUGCUUGCUUGCUUGAUGACCAUGAGAGCCAGUUUGGGACCUCGGGUGAUUUGCACAACUUCUUUGCCCCACCUGCAUUAUCUUAAUUAAUUAAUACUGCAGAAACGAGUUGAUGAGUUUAAUUACAGUAGUUUGGUGGUUGGUUAGAAUUGAAUUUUACCCUCUGUCGUUACUGCCUGGCUUGGCUUUUAAUUUGCAGCUGGACAAUCAAGUCUCUGUAAAGUAAAUAAUUAUUGUUACAUAAUGGAAAUUUACCUUUACUUCA